GUAUUUUGCAUGUGUGUGCCGCGGCAUGCGAUGAGCCACUUUUCGAUCUCGGGCUUCUGCUGGUUUGACCAUGUGCUGCCACUGUUUACAAGUCUAGCUCAUCCGCAUCCACUCUUACUGUGGACACCUAGGUCGACGUGUGACUUCAUUGGUGCACUAAUAUAAACGGUCAUCUAUAAGAAGAAACGACUGCAUGACGGAAGCAUUAGUUAAACUGUGUGUAUUAAAGCCCACGAACCUCGUCUGGUCUGACAAAUUAUCCUGAAGAUGGGAACGGCGCUGAUUUAUGAUGAAGAGAUGACCAAAUACAAACUGCUCUGGGUCGAUCCAGCAUGUAAGAUCGAGGUACCCGAGCGCCUGACGGUGAGCCAUGAGGCUUUGGUCAAGAACGGUCUGGCUGAUCGCUGCAUCUCCAUACCCGUCCGCGAGGCCACAGAUGCAGAGAUUCUGCUGGCUCACAGCGAGGAAUACCUGGAGGCAGUUAAAAAGACUCCUCACAUGAGCCUGGAGGACUUGAAGGAGUUCACGCUCCAGUACGGGGACGUCUACUUUCACCCAAACAUUUAUCACUGUGCCAAACUGGCUGCGGGAGCCGCACUGCAACUGGUGGACGGUGUUAUGACGGGGAAGGUGAGGAAUGGCAUGGCUCUAGUGAGACCCCCAGGACACCACAGUAUGCGCAGUGCUGCCAAUGGCUUCUGUGUGUUCAACAAUGUGGCCAUAGCAGCACGAUAUGCCAAGCAGAAAUAUGGAGUCAAAAGGGUGUUGAUAGUCGACUGGGAUGUGCACCACGGUCAAGGGGUGCAGUACAGCUUUGAAGAUGAUCCGAGCGUGCUCUACUUUUCUUGGCAUCGCUACGAGCAUCAGCAGUUCUGGCCUCAGCUUAGAGAGUCGGACUACGACAGCGUCGGCAAAGAGAAAGGAGCCGGGUUUAAUAUAAAUGUACCAUGGAACAAGGUUGGAAUGGAAAACAGUGACUAUCUUUCAGUCUUCUGUCAUCUCCUUCUUCCAGUUGCAUAUGAGUUUUGCCCUGACUUGGUCCUGGUGUGUGCAGGCUUCGACUCGGCCAUCGGUGAUCCAGAGGGUGAAAUGUGCGCCUCUCCAGACAUAUUUGCCCACCUGACUCACCUCCUAAUGAACCUAGCUGGAGGGAAGCUGUGCGCUGUGCUGGAGGGAGGAUACAACUUGACUUCCCUCGCCCAGUCUGUGUGUCAGACAGUUCAGACGUUGCUGGGCGACCCCGUGCCUCGACCUGCAAAGCUCAGCGGCCCUUGUAAAAGUGCACUCGAGUCCCUCCAGUGUGUCCGGUCAGCUCACAGGCAGUACUGGUCCUGCCUCAGACACGCAGCUGAUCUACCCACCUCCGAUAUCAGCACCAAGCGCCUUAAAUUAACAGAAGAAGGAGAAAACGCAGAAAAGAAGGAGGAGGGAGAGCAAAGCACACAAGACCAAGUGUGGCCUGAGCCUCCAGAGCGCAUGGCCCCCCCUGUUCGUUGUGCCCUGGUGCUCCCUGACGAUGUGGCUUGUCCACACGGAUGUAGACGCUUCAGCUGCUCCGAUGACCUCGACCCCCUUGUGGUCAGCAAACUCAGGGAGAGUUUCCUCAAAGAUUCGGACGACUCUGACUCCCUCACGGCUCUCAGCAGCCUUAUCUCCCUCACGGAGAAAAUGGAGGAGAAUGAGAUCUGCAGUGGCUUGGCGCUGGUCCGUGACGUCACCGUGGCAAUGGCGUGUGUUAUCCAGCAUCUGGCAACUGCGCUCAGCAACCGGCUUUUGGUCGUGUGUGUCGGAGACUGCGAGGUCCCGAGUCCCAUCGGCGAAGACGGGAGGACGCUUGUGGUGCAGAUCGGUAGCCAAGAGACGAACGAUCAGAAAAGCAAAUAUUACAUUCCUGUGUGUUUGAAGGAGGGCUGCAGGGACACGUCAGGCUUCAUACAAGCCGUGUUUGGCCUCGUCUUACCUCUGGGAUACGAGUACGACCCCAGCCUUGUUCUGUUGGUUCGGAUGCCAGGCAGCGGAGUGUGCGACAGUGUGUGGCAACAGCUGACGGUGCUGCUCCAGGGCUUUGCACAAGGACACACACUGGUACUAAUGCAGGAGGAUGAGAAGGCAUGUGUCGGCCCCACAGCCUCCUCCCUCCUCUGGGACCCGGCCCCUCCUCUGGGGCAGCUCCAGGCCCCGCUACCAGAGGACGUGGAGGGUGUUGAGAGACUGAGACAAAAACUACAGGCUGAAUGGAAACUGCUGCAGACCACAGCAGCACCAGAAGCUGGAGGAGGGGAUGAACACUGAAGCCGUCACGGAUACGGUUUAUUUUUAUCAGAUGGAGGAUGUUUUGAUUAACAGUAUUACAUUUUACACAAAAUAGAAAAUAACUUUCAAGUUAAACUAUGAUUUAAUUGAUCAGUCAUAUCAGAUGUAAACUGAAAAGUUGCAUGUUGUGUAAAUCUACUAAUGCUGCCUUAAUAAGUGACUGAAAUUGUCCGUGAUGAAAAUGUCAAUUAUUUUUUUAAAUAAACUUCUUCAAUAAAUACUUUUAAUACAUGAAA